GCUGUUCAAUCAAGAACGUCGGCAACUUCGAGGGCGAGGCUAUCGCGGAGAUGGAGAGGCGGCAAGGUCAAGUUAGCUUCUCAAGCUCCAGACCCCGAACGGUGGUCGGGACCUACGUCGACAACAUCCACGCCUUUGGCGGCUACCAGGGCGAGGCCGGCGACCGCAUGAAAGCUAUUGCCGACCGCUUCGCUCUGCUUGGCAUCCCCUUUGAGGUCGACAACGUAGAGGGACAGGGAUGGAUGCAUGGCCUUGGCCUUCACUUCGAAUUUGGCGACCGUUGCACGGCCCGAUCAAAGACCUCGCGCGCUUGGACCCUCUGGAUGGCUACGCGAGGUCUGCUCAGACGACGUCGGGUUUGCGGACGACUCCUUCGAGUAUGGCUGGGGCUUGCCAACUUUCACUUUCAACUUGCGAGGCCUGGACUCAGCACCCUCUCCGUCACCUACAAGUUUGCGGCUGAGAACUUGGACCGCAGGGCACCAAUGUGGGCAUCAGUCCGUUCAGAGCUCCGUGACGUCCUCGGGCUCAUUUUCCUUGUGGAACUGGACAUGUCUGCCAGCCAUGCGGAGGUGAGAGAGGCUCUUCGUCGUCGGGAACGGUGGCGCUUUCGACACAGUGCAGAACCUCCUCCACUACCAGUCCAUGACGAUAUCGAGGCGGAGCAACUUGGAUAUGUUGGCCAGACUCCCCUGGCCGGUCUUGGCACUCAGACGCAGUUUGGCAAGGAGCUGACUCGCGCACUGGACGUAGCACUUCAAGACCCCCUCUUCAAGCAACGGCGCGCUCGCCUUUUGGGUGCCCCAAAGGAGGUUGAGAAGACUGUGAUAGCAGGACCUGGCAUCCCUCCCUUGGCUGGAUCGUGGGAUGAUCCUCUUCGCUGGACCCUCGUCACUGCCAAGGCCUGGGACAACGUCAAAGAGCACAUCAACUUCAAGGAGGCCAGAGUGUGCUUGAUGGGACUUCGCAGGCUGUGUAGGACUGUGCGCAACCUGGGUACAACGGCCCUCACCAUCACGGACAACUUGGUCUCAGCCCUUGCCUUCGAGAAGGGGCGCAGUGGCUCACGCACAUCGAGAGCAAGCGCAACGUGGCGGACGAGCCUUCCCGGCGCUUUGGUCCUGACUUGCCUCGACCAUAUCAACUCGGGCGGCUACACGAUGACGACGGCGCCGGAGCUGAACUACCGCGACCACCUGAAGCUCCCGUUCUACCUGAUCCUCGGCUACCCGGAGGGCAUGGCACCCAGGGCCUUCACUGCAAGGCCAUCUCCUUUGAGCUGGGCCAUUCUCCUGACGUACGACGAGAACGACGGCACGCUCACGCGGAGGCUGACUCCUCAAGCUUCGAGGCUCCGGACCAGACGUGGCAGAACACCGAGCUCCUCUUCUUCUUCAGCUUCUCCUCGCUACUUUUUGGAGCUCUUCUCCGGCACAGGGCGGCUGACUGAGGCGGUGCAGGCGAACGGCCUUUUCGUGUUGCCCGAUUUUGAGAUCGGCAAGUCCAAGUGUUUUGACCUGACGUGCCCGGAUACCCAAGAGCUCCUGUUCAACUACAUCCGUAGGCGGGAAGUCUGGUUUGUACAUCUUGGGACUCCUUGCACCGUUUGGAGCCGGGCCCGUCACAACCUCAAGGACUUCAAGAAAGCCCGUCGGAAAGAAGCAGUUGGAGUUGCGCUCGCUCUUUUCUCAGCCUGUGUGAUUCGUGAGUGUCUUGCUGCAGGGAUUCAUUUCAGUUUGGAAAAUCCCCAGACCAGCCGGCUCUGGGAUUUUGGACCAAUACGUGAUCUUUUCCUUGACAAGCGCAUUUGCUUCUUCACUUUCCACAUGUGUGCAUGGGGUGCUCCUUACAAAAAGCCGACUAGCAUCCUCACUGACCUACAUUCACUCCUAAGCCUUGCAUGUCGAUGUCCUGGAGGUCAUGUUCAUGAGCAGUUGCGAGGAACAAUGGUGACAUUUGUGAACGGCAAGCGCAGUACCUGUAACCGCACUUCGGCAGCUGGAGCCUACCCCGUAACUUUGUGCAAUGCUUGGGCUCAACUUCUCAGGGAGGCAGCUCCCCAAGGAGGAUUCGGGACAACCUCAUCCUCUGAGACCCUCCGCUUCCUCCAUGGCGUCGAAGCGGCGGCACGUCGAGCUCAACGAGCACUUGAUGCGACUUCCGGCGGACGUCUUCGACAAGGUGACGGCUCGGAGGACGGCGACGAGUUCCUGGUCGACGCCAAGCGCUACAUCCGCACGCACCCGGUCAUCUUCGGCCACUUCACAGCCAAGGACAUUGCUCGGCUCGCCGGCUACAAGCGGAUCGACGACUACCCCAAAAAGGUCACGCAGAAGACCCUAGACAGCUACCACCGGCACGUCCGCGACUUCGAGGCCUGGGCCAAGACUCGCGGACAUCGCAUUACUAAACAAGGUUUGGAUCGGCUGGUCACCCUCUACCUGAACUUUCUUGCAGAGGAUGACGAGAAUGAAGAGAUCCGGCCCUCAACCGGUGCCUACGUGAUCUAUGGGUUACAGCUGCUGCGCAAUGAUGGUCCAAAGCGAGACUUCCUUCCCAACGCUAAGGAGGCGCUCAGUGGUUGGAAGAAGCUCCAGCCUGGGGGCAUGCGACUUCCGGUUCCAGAGGAGUUUGUAUUCGACUUGGGCCUCCUUGCGUUGCAGCAGCACCGUGGCGACCUAGCCUUUGCCAUCGCCCUCCAGUAUGACACGUACAUGAGGCCCUCAGAACUGCUAGGCCUCACCCUGGCACAUCUGGGGUUCCCAGCUGAAGGCCGCUACAACAAGUGGUCCAUUGUGAUCGCCCCGUCCGAGCUGGGCGAAACAACCAAGCAAGGAACCUCAGAUGACUCUGUCUUGGUGGCUGACCGCCCUGACAGGCAGUGGUUGGCUCAGGCCAUGACCCUGUACGUGAAGCAGUGCAGCAACAACCUCUUCCCCAACAUCACCCUCAACUUUUUCGAGCGCUGGUGUGAGAAGAGCUGCAAGCAGUUGUCAUACAAGUCUACGUGCAUCAUGCCUCACAUUUUUCGGCACUCAGGAGCUUCAAAUGACAUGUUUCAUAAGAGGCGAUCCCUUGAAGAGAUUCAGAAGAGAGGCCGUUGGGCGGCCCGCAAGAGUGUUACUCGCUACGAGAAGCAUGCUCUCCUGCUCAAACGGUGGGAACAAGCUGCGCCGAAACGACUGGCCUCGAUUCGACAGCAAUCUCAGAGCUUUGGCCCAGCCCUUGUGAACUUUCUGAAAGCUCCUCAGCGCUGA